CCCCCCGCCGACGGUGUCUCAGAACCCUGUCAAAUGUUUACUUGUCAACUCGAGCACAUCCGUCUGUGGGCAGUGCACAGUUGGAUUCCUGUGGCGCGCUGUUUUGCAUGUGCUCGGGUACAGCGGAGCGAGCUGGGCCGCCCUCGUGCCUUUCCCCUUUUUUUUUUUUUCAUCUCCCCCUUCCAACUCGCUCUCACGCGGCACUAGCAUGCACGCAGGGGAUCCGAGUGGGCGGGACCAGCCGACCUACUUGUGGCCAAUGGGGGCGCUCGGAGACGACGAGCUCCCAGCCAAUCGGAGCGAGAGCCGCCAGCGGACAGGCUUGUCUCCGCGUGCCCGCUACACGUGAGCCGUGGAGCUUUUGUACAGUCCACCGGGAGGGAGCCAGCGUAGAAAAAAAAAGCACACUCACGUUUUCUUUGGCCUGCUAUUCAGGAGGGAAAUUGAAAACACACAUCAUUAUAAUCUUACCGGUCAGACAAAAAAUAUGUGUGAGUUGACAACUAGUUGUAUAUUAAACUUCCCUUAGGGUUGUUUAAACAGCACGGUUAGGUUAGCGUUCAGGUGAACUCCCCCACUCGUGUUAUUGACGCCGCGGAGUAAACAAACAAGAACAAGUGACAGCAGACGGCUCUCCUCGAGGUGUGGCACGAGAGUGGGCGUAGCUCAUAAAUAAUAGCACAAGCUCGGAGGGGAUGAGUGAAGAGUUUUGGCCAACCCUCUUCGGGCUUAUUCGGCGACGUUUGACGUCACGUGAGCCUCCCGUGUCCGUUCCAUCUGAGCUCGACGACGGCUUCACAACACAACACACACACAACCGUGCCCGUGACUUGGAGCCGCCGGAUGCAAAUGAGAAAGUAUAGACAGAAGGAGGAAACGACCCCCUCCCACCGCCACUCGGGUACCUCCUCCCACUUCCACGCGACGGACAAGUGAGCGCGAGUCCACAGAAGAGAAACAUCAAGUUGUCAUUUGAACGACAACAUCGACACGCUGUCGUCGAUUUCUCUCUUUUUUUUUAAACAUCGAUCCAUACAUUCUUUUGAGGACUUUUCACCAGAUCCAGUGCUCCAUUUGUCAAACAACUGGAUUUCAUUUUUUGUUUGUUUUGGGUUGCAAUUUCACCCAUUGCAUUGUUCUCCCCCCUUCACCAGUACAUUUUCGUGAGCUUUUCCACUCAGCUGAUCCUCCCACACUGCACUGAGAAGAACGAUUUUGAUCCCCCCCCAGAGGAGUGCAAUGGAAUACUUCGAGGCAAACAGCCCUGCAAGGAAAUAAAGGGAGCUUUCUGGCUAUCUUAUCAAGUGAAAAAAAGUCAUCCAAACUGGUUUUGGUACCUCCUGUGGUCAGCUCUUCUCGCCCCUCCCAUAUACAUCCCCCUCCCACCGCCCACCUUCACCUCACAGGUGUCUCUCUGAGACUCCCCCCACCCUCCUGCCCUCUGGCCCAGGAUGUCCAGGCAGCUCACCCAGCUCCCUACACCGGACCUGCCCGCAGGCGCGAGCCCACAGUUUGGAAGUUGCACCCAGCCUGGGGGCUCCCUCACAGGGGGGCACCUCAACUCCAUGGCGGGACUCAAAUCCCUCCUGCAGCACCCCAUGAAGGGGGACCAGCGCUUGAGAAGCCCCUGUGAUCUCAAAGACAAAGAGCGAUCUAUGGACGUCGAUGAAGACUCUAUGGGCGUGUGCUCCAUGAAGAACACAUCUGGAAUAGGCGGUGGCGGCAGUAGCAAUGGAUGCAAUGGAGGAAGUACCGGUGGUAAUGGAGGGGGCAAUUUCAACCAGUUCUUGGGCCCUCUCUUAUGGGAUCGCACCCUGCCAGCGGAUGGAGGCCUCUUCCAGCUGCAGUACAUGGACUUGGAGGAGUUUCUGACUGAAAACGGAAUGGGCAGCAUGCACAGCAACAACAGCUCCAGUUCGGCCCAGAUCCCCUCGCAGAGCUCCCAGUCCGCAGUGCCCAACCAGAGCUCCCAGUGCCUACCGCCCCCAUCCCCGCCUUGCUCCUCGUCCUCGUCGCCCUCAUCCUCGUCCUCCCCGUCCCUGCUCGGUUUGGAGGUGGCGCAGCCUCAAAGCCUCACCGGAGGAAACGACUGUCUUCACGGGAGCCAGACGAGUAUGAACGACUCCUGCGAGUCGCCAUCCUCCUUGUCCUCCUCACCGUCGUCGUCCUCGUGCCCACCCUUGCUGACGCCCACGGGCAGUGGGCCGGACGUGGUGGGAAUUUUCGACAUGGAUCCAUCGGACAUCGUUUUGUCCAAUGGCCCCGGCCAGCAGAACUUUGACCCCAGGCAGACCUUCAGCGAAGAGGAGCUCAAGCCGCAGCCCAUGGUGAAGAAGGCACGCAAGAUCCUGGUGCCUGAUAACAUGAAGAUAUCCAUAUCCAUCCAUCUAUCAAUCUCCUGUGUUGUGUUCUUCUCAGGACGAGAAGUAUUGGAGCAGAAGAUACAAGAACAACGAAGCGGCAAAGCGCUCCCGAGACGCGCGGCGGCUCAAGGAGAACCAAAUAUCGGUGCGCGCCGCCUACCUGGAGCGAGAGAAUGCCGCCCUGCGACAGGAAGUGGCCGAGAUGCGCAAGGAACUGGGUCGGUGCCGCAACAUCCUGAGCAAAUAUGAGAACCGUCUGUCUGACCAGUGAUCAAGGAGGAGGACGAGGAGGAUGAGGACUGAAAUAAGCUGGAUUCCUUUUUAAGACUUUGGAUUUUUAGGAUGACAGGAUGGAAAAGUCUGGAAUCAUGAUGAUGAUAAUGAUUAUGAUGAUGAUGAUGAUGAAUGUAUCAGGAGGAGGAGGAACGAGUGCGUACUGCAGCUCAGGUGUCUUGUUUUUGUCGAGCGCUUUAAAAGCGACGGACGGAGAGAAUAAUUUAACAGAUGUGACUUUUAAGGAUUUUGCUAUUGGAGAAUUGUAUAUUUUUAUAAUACUUCAGAAAACAUUUAGAAGGAGAGUAGAAAUUUGGAGAAUAAUUUUGUAUAUUUUCUACGUGACUAGAGAUUGGGGAAACACUAUCUUUUUAUCGCAGACGAGUCAGGUGUAACGGGGGUCAGCCAUUGAUGGGUCUUUUCAGUUUUGGGACUCUUUUAUUACUGUCAGGACGCUGCGGCGAGGGCGAAGACGCGUGUAACAAUUGUAAUAUAGAGAGCAAAAAUGAUCUUCACGUCGUAUAGUUCAACAUUUUUGUGGAUUUUACUUAUGCAUUGAAGCAACGCAAGCACUUAUGUUUUCUUUUAUUUACCCCUCCCGCCCCAUCCUCCCUAUUUUGGGGAGAGACCAGCCGAGACGUUUUGUGCAUCUUUUUUUAAUUUUUCAAAUAGACAAUCCUCUGUAAUUAUAAGCACCUUUACUACCCCAUUUACCACCCGGGCUAAUUCUAUCAGACUGGUACUUCACUGAAUGGGCAUUAGUGGUGAAAGUCUUUGUCUACUUCUACUCCUUUUAUUCCCAUUUCCUUUUCCAACUGUAGUAUGAUGUCAUUCCCCGUAACAUUUUAUUUCAUUUUUUUACUUCGACGGUACUGGACUUUAACACUAAAACAGAUACUGUACUACAUAAUAAUGAUUCAUUAAGCAUCAUUAUUCUUUCAUAGGGCAAGUCAAAAUGAGCAUGGGAUUUUCACCCGGCCAAUCAGCAAACAAAGGUAAUUUGACAGAAAAAUAUAUGACAUAGAUUUUUGUGAUAACUAUUUUUACAAUUCAAAAUAUUUUUAAAAAGUAGUUUUUAAGGGUGAAACAUUUUUGCAAAGUGCUCCAAUCAUUUUCAAGUUAUCUUUCAAUGACUGUUCUCUAACGGGUUAUUGACAGGGUAUGUGCUAGUUUAUGCAUAUUGAAAGAGAUAUGUCUCAGAUUUAAAGCCAAAAUCGCUUCUAUUGAGCAACGAAGUUGCUUCUUUGUUUUUUGUUCUUAACAAUUCCCCUCGACUUAAUACUGCAUCUAUUAAACUCUCUGUACCAAUGACAUGUUCGGCGGGAUGGCAUGACAACUCGAGAGCGUGAUUGUAAUCCCUGUAAUGAGUGAUCACCAUGACUGCUAUUAUUCUUCUUGUUGAUUAUUAUGAGGAUUAUCCCUGUUAUCGUUAUUAUAUAUUAACGACUGUUUUUCUUCCUUUGGAUGAACAUGAUCCACCUUGAUGCACCUUGAUACAGUGACCCCCCCCCCCCCACACCAAAAAAAAACAAGACUAUGACCUUCUCACUCUGGUAUUCCUCAACAUCGCCCACAGACACUACUGCUACACUUCUGCUUUAAUGGAGUUUCCCAUUGUGUCCCCACCCCCCACAACAACAAAAAAACAACAACUACAUGCCUUUCUUUACGGGACGACCUCCUCACGAACCCGGUGGACUAUGCACGGCGUCGUCCUUUCGUUGGUUUUCUUUCAGCCUUUGUCACCUCCGUCAAGUGAUAGUUCGCUCUCUCCCAACAGGACUGUUCUUAAAAGCCUCACAGAUGUGCGCUAUAAAUCUUUAGAGUGACUCUAAUUGAACUACAUCUGCACCCUGUGACAUCAGCGGGCUCCUUGGUGUCCAACCCACUAUGUGCCGGUUUUAUGGAUGUAGUUGAGAUUUCCCCAGAAUUACACCAAUAAAAGAUUAUUCUCAUUCA